AUGACCUUCUUUAAGGAGAGCAAUGACAAUGAGAAAGCCUCAAUCAAUAAACAAAAAAAUCUUGAUGAUGAAUCACAUAGUAUAGGAGAAUGGUUGAGUUUAGGUACCAAAGGAAACAUACCUCUAAACCAAGAUUCUCAAUCAUCAAAACCUCUUCACAACAAAAAGACAUAUUCAUGCAAACCUCUUCACAACAAAAAGACAUACUCAUGCAACUUCUGCAUGAGAAAGUUUUACAAUUCACAAGCCUUAGGGGGUCACCAAAAUGCACACAAAAGGGAAAGAGAAGCAGCUAGAAAUUACCAAUUAUCUCAAAACUCUUUGGCAUCUCGAUCACUAGGAAUCCAACCUCAUUCUCUUGUGCACAAGCCAAUCAGAGAAAGAGCUAUGGUGGAAGCUCGAUUAAAUAAUGAUGCCGAUUCUUUUAUUGGAACGACAUUGGCACCCCUUGGUCUUGAACAUGCUGGGGAUUUCGUAUGGUAUGGAAGCUUUCGAAUGCAAGAAUCAGAUACACAUGAGCUUGACUUAGAUCUUCGGCUUUGA